AUGUUUAGAGCCCAUACCACCAAGAGGUUUAUCUCCAUUUCGCUCAACCAGCAGCUGGUCAAGCUUCCAUUUGUGCCUCUUGUAUCGGAGAACGGUUUUCCAGGAGCUAUUGGAAAUACUCCACUUUUGAGACUUCCACGUAUCUCCGAUUCUAUUGGUCGUAAUAUCUACGCUAAGGCAGAGUUUAUGAAUCCUGGAGGAUCAAUUAAAGACAGAGCUGCCUUGUAUGUGAUCAAAGAUGCCGAGGAAAAGGGUUUGAUCAAGCCUGGUGGAACGAUUGUAGAAGGAACCGCGGGUAAUACUGGGAUUGGUUUAGCUCACGUCUGUAGAGCCAAGGGCUAUAACUGUGUAAUCUAUAUGCCCAACACCCAGUCAAAAAGCAAAAUUGAGACCUUACGUUUAUUGGGAGCUGAGGUUUAUCCUGUUCCUGCCGUGGCCUUUACUGAUCCUAUGAACUACAACCAUCAGGCUAAAAGACAUGCCGAGUCAUUGGAUAACGCUGUGUGGACCAACCAGUUCGACAACACUGCCAAUAGACAGGCUCAUAUCGAAACUACGGGUCCGGAAAUCUGGGCCCAGUUAGAUGGCCAAGUCGAUGCCUUUACCUGUUCCACCGGCACUGGGGGUACUUUUGCAGGAACUUCAAGAUACUUGAAGUCUAUCUCUAAUGGUAGGGUCAAAGCUGUUCUUGCAGACCCUCCAGGAUCGGUAUUGUACUCCUACAUUAAGAGCAACGGCCAGAACAUGGAAAGAGGAGGCUCUUCAUUCACUGAGGGUAUUGGCCAAGGCAGAGUCACCGACAACUUGAAGCCAGACUUGGACAUCAUUGACGAUGCUGUGAAGAUUCCCGAUGAAGACUCUAUAGUCAUGGUCUAUAGAUUGCUAGACGAAGAAGGAUUGUAUCUUGGUGGCACUGGAGCGUUGAAUGUCGUGGCUGCCAUUGAAGUAGCCAAAACUUUGCCUGAAGGCAGCAAUGUCGUCACCAUCUUGGCAGAUUCUGCCCACAAGUACAGCGACCGUAUCUUUUCCAAGACGUGGUUGAAGGAGAAGAACUUGUACAAUGUGCUUCCAGAACACUUGAAGAAGUAUGCUACCUUGGAUUAA